AUGCGUGUACGUCGAAAUUGCCAUAUUUUUUGGAAAGCCUUUACAGCGACAUCUGAGCCAAAGAUUGUAGCCGCAUCGGAAUCACAGAGGGUCCCCGGGGGAAACAAGACAACCUUCUGGUGUGAAAUUAAGGGCUACCCCUUGCCCACAGUCACUUGGUACUAUUUUGCUCCCGGUGGCUCCUAUGAAACAAUUCUUCUUCCCGGAGAUUCCGACGAAAUGAGUGUGAGUUUACGAGGUGCCCCACCAGGUCGACGAAUCAUUUCUCACCUCCAAAUUCGUCGAUUUGACAUAAAAUACGAGGGUAUCUACCAAUGCUACGUGGAAAAUGAUCUGGGCAGUGAUCGUCGCAAUAUAACAGCAAUUUACGCACCACCAGAGUCUAAUCCUCGCGAUCUCUAG